AGCAACCCGAGCGGAACGGGAGCGCGCGUGGUGUCUCCGCCGCAUAUGACGUAGAAUAUUUUGUACAGGAGCGAGCCUUUUAGCAGCCCUGUGUUGGUGUUGGAGAGAGAGAGAGGGGUAAAAAAAAAAAAAAGUCAGUGCAGCUAAUUUCACUAUUAUUUGUGAACCUAGUGGGCAGUGCCUUGGUCGAGUUGAAGGCUGCUUUAAACAUGUCGGAGGACAACGACGAAACCCAGACCGCAGAGGAGACACCGGUGGAGGAGACGGAGUCACAAGACAAGGUGAUCAGUCCAGAGAAGGCAGAAGAAGCUAAGCUGAAGGCCAGGUACCCAAAUCUGGGGCAUAAACCCGGAGGUUCUGACUUGCUUCGCAAACGCUUGCAGAAGGGGCAAAAAUACUUUGACUCUGGCGAUUACAACAUGGCUAAAGCGAAGAUCAAGAACAAGCAGCUGCCAACAGCUGCACCGGAGAAGACAGAGAUCACAGGGGACCACAUCCCCACCCCCCAGGACCUGCCCCAAAGGAAACCCUCUCUGGUGGCCAGCAAGCUGGCCGGCUGAUCCACAUGUGUCCUUACGCCCUCCCCCCUCCCUCACUCUCCAUAACCCUGCUCCACCCGAGCCUCAGAGCUGUAACAUUACCCACUCAUGCACCCCGACCCUCUUUCCACUUCACACCAGCCUGGACAAACCCAAACAGAACCAAGCGGUCAGCGAAGUGGCCGGCUGAUGGCUUCUUAUCGUUUUUCAUUUCAGCCAUUUCUGGUCCAGUCCCUUCUGUUUCCCCUUUUUCUUCCCUCCCCCUCUUAUAUUUUCAGUCUACUUCAUGUAAGAUACAGAGAGAGCGUGUUGAAUGGUCUGUGGCGUCCCUUUGUACAGUAGGACUACUGGGUUAGGACGGGCGAGCCACAGAAGCUGCAACACGCAUAUCUGGAAUGCUUUAGCGUAAAGUUCAGGGUUCCUCAAAUGAAGAUGAUUUAUGCCUGUAGCUGUACGCCUGUAUAUAUUUGUCCAUGUUUGGCACAGGGAGAGGAGACGAAAUCGGCCCGUUCAGAACAUUUUACAUCCGAUCGGCGAAUUUUUCCAUUUGUACGUUUGCGGGACGAAACCCUCCAACCCGGAGGAAAAUCUUUGUUUAGACGUUUUACUUCCUUAUUCGAGGACGUGUUUGGACGAGAAGGUCACACGGAAGCGCAUGCAUGGGAUCCCUUAACGCAAACUUCACCGCUUUCCCCACUUGGUUUUAUUCUAAGAAAGGGCAGGCGUCGAGGCAGACGAUGCGGUGUACAGACGCGCUCGGUGAUUCGUUCAGGACGAUACAAGGAGAUGUGUUCGCUUCAAGACUGGAGGAAGAACUUGUUGGGGUUUGGCUUGUAUUUGUCAGGUGCAGCUGUGUUCCUGCUGAAGGUUACAGUUGUCAUGAAUGAAUCAUUGUGCUUAAAGAAGGGGAGGUGGAUGGGUGUGUGAUACAUUAAAGAUAAAACCCUGUAACUAUGUGGGCAACCAGUCUGUCUAUAGAUAUAUAUAAUAUAUAAAAAAGUGUCCUGGGAAUACAUAAUGUAAUAAGUUAGGCAGGGUAAUUAUAGGUUGCAGUUUUAUCUUCAAAAUGUUCUCAUCCCUAUGUUGUGCUUUUUGAAGCGUGAUCACUGAUCAGGGAUGCUAGCGUGACAUCUGUGUGAGCUCUGCAUGUAUAAUAUGGCUGCCCUGCUGUCACAAUGUGCCAUUUUGUUUUUGUAAAUAAAGUAGUUUUGCACAAAUGUU